UUGACUAAUUUUUUUUUUAUGCUUUGGGUGUUCAUGGUGCAGAUAUAUGCGGUUUCUAUUACUAUUCGUAUUGUGCUUGGUUUUAUGUUGCUCGCCCUCAUAUGGAGGUUUGAUUUCCCACCCUUCAUGGUGCUGAUCAUUGCCAUCCUCAAUGAUGGUACCAUCAUGACAAUAUCAAAGGAUAGGGUGAAACCAUCUCCUCAGCCUGAUAGCUGGAAGCUGGCAGAAAUUUUUGUAACUGGAGUCAUUCUUGGUGGUUACUUGGCCAUGAUGACAGUCAUUUUCUUCUGGGCAGCAUACAAGACAAACUUUUUUCCUCGUAUAUUUGGGGUUUCAACUCUUGAAGCAACAGCUCAUGAUGACUUCAGGAAGCUUGCAUCAGCAAUAUACUUGCAAGUGAGUAUCAUCAGUCAGGCCCUAAUAUUUGUGACACGUUCUAGGAGUUGGUCUUUCGUUGAACGUCCUGGCCUUUUGCUAGUGGUGGCUUUUGUUGUUGCUCAGUUGGUAAGUGAACUGCUAUUUUCUAUUCUUUUCUUUAUUUUUUCCAGGCAAGUGCAUCCUAAGUCCUAGUUACUUGAAGAAUGACCUUUAGAAUAAACUUUCCGUUUGUGUGAGCAGGUUGCUACACUGACAAUAGAGGAUUGAUUUCAAUUCCUUUUUGUGAAAUCAAGAGAUUAGUUGGCUGAUGUUUUCAAUGAAGGUUUUUGUAGUAGGAUUUUUUACCAUUGUUUAUGCUUAGUGUUGGUUAGUAGUAGUUUGAGGCAUAAUUGUGUACUUUGGAUCACUUCAAUAUAAAUGCUUUUGUUUAUGGUAGGGAACCUUAAUUUUGGGUCUCUUAUUAGCCAUGUUUACAUUUACCAUUGUGAUUCCCCCUUACUUAUUUUGCAUCCCUUUUUUAUUUCCAUUGAUUUUGUGGCUUGAUUUUCAUUGUUGUUGGUUCUGUUUCAGUAACCUAUGGAGGACUACAUCUGAAGAAAAGAGAGAGUUGGAGCGUCUGGAAAAACCCAUAUAUAAUUCUGUUAGUUGAGCUGCAGAAGUUCAUCAUCAGGUUUCUAUUUUCUAAUUGCUCUUAUAUGAAACAAUGCACAUACAACUGCUAAUAUAGAAACAAAGGAAUCUACUUUCUGUUAAUGCUGGCGAAAACUUCAGUGAGGAUUUCUACAUCUGGUUUAUCACAUAAAACGUUUUGUUUGCCUGCUUUUAGGUUU